AUGGCCGCCGCCGCCACCGCCACCGCCGACUGCGUUUUCCCGGAGGAUAUCAUGGCGUCCAUCCUCACGCGCCUCCCCGUAAAACCCCUCGCCCGCUUCAAAUCCGUCUGCAAGUCCUGGCUCCGCCUCUUCUCCUCGCCCCAAUUCAUCGACUCCCACCACGCCCACCUCUUCUCCGACCCCAAGAACGAGUCCUUCUUCCUCCACAUCGAAUACCCCUUCGAUACCAACCGCCGCCGCUUCCGCCCCACCACCAGCUCCAUCCCCCUCCUCAACCUCCACCGCACCCCCAAAACUCCGGCUGCCAUCCGCCAUCCCUUCUCCCACACAAAAUCCCCCUUCGAUAUCAUCGGCUCCUGCCACGGCCUGAUCUGCCUCGCCUCCGACCAGAAACUCGUCCUCUGGAACCCCGCCCUCCGCCUCUCUAAGCAGAUCCCCCCGCCGCCGGAGGACUGCGGGCCGGCCCGGAGGGCCUCCUUCGGGUUCGGCUACUCUUCUUCCUCCGCUGAUUUCAAGGUCGUGAGGCUCAUGUGGCAGCCGGGCCUGAACCCCAUCCCCAUCGACGGCCAAAUCAUCCUCUGGGCCGACCUCUACUCUGCGAAUUCAGAUUCUUGGACACGAGCCCUAGCGUAUCCUGCAUUUGAGUUGGAUGAGCUGUGCCUUGUUUGGUGUUAUGAUGACGUGGACGGGAAAUGGAGGAAGAUGCAGAGUUUUAAGUGUCCUGUCGGUGUGGAUGAGCUUAUUGUCAGUCAACGAUCGAGAGAUGGGAGGAUUGUGACUGUAAAUCAUGAGGUUAGGUCGCGAGAUGGGAGGAUUGUGGCUGUACUGAUGGUGUAUGAUCCUGUGACAGAAGGUUUUGAGUACUUAUCUUAUGUUGCUUAUACUGCAGAGUCGUUGUAUUCGUACACCGAGAGUUUGGCUAUGAGGUCGGUUAUCGAUCGACACAACAAAGCGAAAGAAGAACAUGAGCAGCCGUUGAAUUCAACUUCUGAAGUCGAGUAUUGGCAAAGUGAAGCUGCUACGCUGAGGCAACAGUUACAGAAGUUGCAAGGGAAUCAUCGGCAUUUAACAGGCGAGGAUUUUUCCGGAUUAAAUGUGAAAGAUCUACAGAACUUAGAGAAGCAGCUGGAAAUGAGCCUCCGGGGUGUUCGUACGAGAAAGGAUGAGAUGCUAAUGGAUGAAAUACAGGAGUUGAGUCAAAAGGGAAACCAAAUCCACCAAGAAAACAUGGAACUAUGUAGGAAAUUAAAUCUAGCUCGUCAAGAAAACCUCGAAUUGCAUAAAGAGGUAGUGUUGUAUUUUGAUUUCCAACUGUUGUAUGUGUUUAGUUGA